GAGGGGUCCUGAACAUCACACACAUACACACGUGUGCUGUGCGGCUUCACCAUGGCGGACCUACAGAUGAAGCUCAUCCGCAAGAAAAUACAGAAAAGAAACGAAAAGAACAAAGAGCGAAAGCUGCUCAGGACACGGACAGAAGAAGAAGAGACCGUAAACUCAAACGGGCUGGAGGAUAAAUGCUGUGAGGAACCAGCCUGUAAGGGUGACAGCAAGCCCAAGAAAACCCAGAAGAAGAAGCAGCAGCAGCAUGUCGGGGUUUCAGUGGAAGGAACCACAACAAAAGAGACUUCUCUAAAGAAACAGAAGAAGAAAAGAAAGCUCACUGACACGGCUGAAACACCAGUUGAGAAGAAGACCAAAACAGUGAAAGACGAGGAGGAGGAGGAAGAGGAGGAGGAGGGAGCAGCUCUUGUAGAUGGAGAACAGGCUACUGAUAAACAAGAGGAAGCUGCAGCUGAUGAUGAUGAUGAAGAAGAAGAGGAGGAUGAUGAUGAUGAAGAAGAGGACGAAGCUGGAGAUGAUGAUGAUGAGGAAGAUCUACCUGAGUUACCAUCUGGCUUAACAGGAGCGUUUGAGGACACAUCGUUUGCCUCUCUGGCUGAGCUGGUGAGUGAGAACACGCUGAAAGGAGUGAAGGAAAUGGGCUUCGAACACAUGACUGAGAUCCAGCACAAAAGUAUUCGUCCCCUGCUGGAGGGAAGGGACGUUCUGGCUGCUGCCAAGACAGGAAGCGGUAAAACUCUGGCCUUCCUCAUCCCGUCCAUAGAGCUCAUCUACAAACUCAAGUUCAUGCCCAGGAACGGCACCGGGGUCGUGAUCCUUUCACCCACACGAGAGCUGGCCAUGCAGACGUACGGCGUGAUGAAGGAGCUGAUGACGCAUCACGUACACACCUUUGGUCUGAUCAUGGGGGGCAGCAACCGCUCAGCCGAGGCCCAGAGACUCGCCAACGGGGUCAACAUCCUGGUGGCCACGCCCGGCCGUCUGCUGGACCACCUCCAGAAUACUCCUGGGUUUAUGUACAAGAACCUCCAGUGUCUGAUCAUCGACGAGGCUGACCGGAUCUUAGAGGUGGGCUUCGAGGAGGAACUGAAGCAGAUCAUCAAACUGCUACCAAAGAAGAGACAGACCAUGCUGUUUUCAGCCACUCAGACCCGAAAGGUGGAGGACUUGGCUCGCAUCUCGCUUAAGAAAGAGCCUCUGUAUGUGGGCGUGGACGACAACAAGGACAACGCCACCGUGGACGGCCUGGAGCAGGGUUAUGUGGUUUGCCCGUCGGAGAAGCGCUUCCUGCUGCUCUUCACCUUCCUGAAGAAGAACCGCAAGAAGAAGCUCAUGGUCUUCUUCUCCUCCUGCAUGUCUGUGAAAUUCCACUAUGAACUGCUCAACUACAUCGACCUGCCCGUCAUGGCCAUCCACGGCAAGCAGAAGCAGACCAAACGUACCACCACCUUCUUCCAGUUUUGCAACGCUGACUCAGGCAUCCUGCUGUGUACUGACGUGGCGGCCAGAGGCCUGGACAUUCCCGAGGUGGACUGGAUCGUCCAGUACGACCCCCCAGAUGACCCCAAGGAGUACAUCCACAGAGUGGGCAGGACGGCCAGAGGGAUCGACGGCCGCGGCCACGCGCUGCUGAUCCUCCGACCAGAGGAGCUCGGCUUCCUCCGCUUCCUCAAACAGGCCAAGGUCCCACUGAGUGAGUUCGACUUUUCUUGGAGUAAAAUCUCUGACAUCCAGUCCCAGCUGGAGAAGUUGAUUGAGAAGAACUACUAUCUCCACAAGUCGGCCCAGGAGGCCUACAAGUCCUACGUGAGGGCGUACGACUCGCACUCACUCAAACAGAUCUACAGCGUCAACACCCUCAACCUCCCCAUGGUGGCGCUGUCCUUCGGCUUCAAAGUCCCUCCAUAUGUUGAUCUGAAUGUCCACAGUGGUAAAGGUGGAAAGCUGCAGAAGCGAGGCGGAGGAGGUGGCUUCGGAUACCAGAAGUCCAAAUUUGGGCAAAAAUCAAAGAUCUUUAAGCACGUCAACAAAGGACGGGGUGACAAGAGGCAGUUCUCCCGCUGAACCUCCUCCUGACCUCCUCCUGGACUCAUUCCUCUCCUCUGAUCUGAAGAACUGCCCUUUUUUAUUGCAAGAACUUCAUUUAGGCCAACUGUCCUCCGGUGUGAAAGUAUUUUGUAAAUGUAAACCAGUGUGAAUGUUUUUGUGGACAAACAAAAUGCUCACUUUUGUAAUAUUCAUUUCUUCACCUGACUGGAAUAUUAAAAUCUAUCGACUUUAAACAUGUAA